GGGGAGCGCCGAUCGACAAAACUAGCUUUCCGAAAACUAUGAUUCGCUGUGCCGAAUUUCAUCCCAUCUUCUCCAUCACUUGCAGUCCGCCGUGUGGGUUCAACUCCACGGUUCAACAUUUUUCAUGCGGAGGCUGGCUUGGCCCUUCACAAGACCCAUGCGACAACCUCGUGGAGAGGUGGGCUCCGAGUGUUUGGUACUGCGCUGGGACUUGCUGGGGGUUAGCCGAGCUCCAUGAUACCCUUCGUGUCAUACCUAUAUAAAACUGAGUAACCUGGGGUUCACCGACACAACCCCAGUUACCCCAGACUGAACCACCUUGCUUUCCCCGUGGGGUACCAUCUGACUCUUCUCCAUUGGACGGGAAAACCUCAUCGUUCACAGAGCCUCGAUGACGCUCCUCGAGCUCAAGGAGGACCGGCCGACGCCCAAGGCCGUCUACAACUGGCGAGUCUAUGCCUGCGCCGCCGUCGCUUCCUUCGCGUCAUGCAUGAUCGGCUACGACUCGGCAUUCAUCGGCACCACCCUCGCUCUCCCCUCAUUCACCGCCGAGUUUGACUUUGCCUCGUACGACAAGGACGCCCUCGCUCUGCUCCAGGCCAACAUCGUCUCGGUCUACCAAGCAGGGGCCUUCUUCGGCAGCCUCUUCGCCUAUGUCACCAGCCACUUCCUCGGCCGGCGCAAGUCGCUGUUCGUCUUUGCUGCCGUCUUCCUCGUCGGCGCCGGCAUCAUGCUGGCGGCGAGCGCCGAGAAGGGGCUGGGACCGAUCCUCGCCGGCCGGGUCCUGGCUGGCAUCGGUGUCGGCGGCGCAUCCAACAUGGUGCCCAUCUACAUCUCCGAGCUGGCCCCCCCUGCCGUCCGUGGCCGCCUAGUCGGCAUCUACGAGCUGGGCUGGCAGAUUGGCGGACUGGUUGGGUUUUGGAUCAACUACGGCGUCAACACGACGCUCGCUCCCACCCGGUCUCAAUGGCUCAUCCCGUUUGCUGUUCAGCUUAUCCCCGGCGGGCUGUUGUUCAUCGGCGUCUUCUGGAUCAAGGAGUCCCCGAGGUGGCUGUUCGCCAACGGUCGAAGGGAGGAGGCCAUGAAGAUCCUGUGCUGGAUCCGGAACCUCGAGCCCACCGACCAGUACAUCCUUGAGGAGGUUCAGUACAUCGACCGGGACAUCGAGCGGUUCGAGAGAGAAGUCGGAAAGGGCUUUUGGAAGCCGUUCCUCGCGCUCAAGCAGAGCAAGGUCCAGUGGCGCUUCUUCCUUGGUGGCAUGCUCUUUCUCCUCCAGAAUGCUAGUGGUAUCAACUCGAUCAAUUAUUACAGCCCAACUGUCUUCCGGAGCAUCGGUAUCACGGGCACCAACACCGGGUUCUUGACAACGGGCCUCUUUGGUGUUGUCAAGACCGUCCUAACAAUCAUCUGGCUGCUCUGGCUCGUGGACCACGUGGGACGUCGCCGCAUGCUCUUCGUCGGCGCCGCGGGCGGCUCUCUGUGCAUGUGGUUCAUUGGGGCCUACAUCAAGAUCGCGGACCCGUCGUCCAACCAAGACGGCGGCGGCGGCGGCAUGUCGAGCGGCGGGAUCGCGGCCGUCUUCUUCUUCUACCUCUGGACGGCUUUCUACACGCCGUCGUGGAACGGCACGCCGUGGGUGGUCAACUCGGAGAUGUUCGACCAGAACACGCGCUCGCUGGGCCAGGCGUCGGCGUCGGCCAACAACUGGUUCUGGAACUUCAUCAUCUCGCGCUUCACCCCGCAGAUGUUCCUCAAGAUGGAGUACGGCGUCUACUUCUUCUUUGCCUCGCUCAUGUUGUUCUCGAUCGUCUUUGUCUUUUAUCUCAUUCCUGAGACCAAGUCUAUCCCGCUCGAGUCUAUGGACCGUCUGUUUGAGAUUAGGCCUGUGCGCAAGGCCAACAAGCAGCUUAUGGAGGAGCUUGGGCACCACGGUGCGGGUGUGUUGGGUGAGGACGCGUCGUUGUCUGCGGAUGAGAAGGCGAAGCAGGGCCAUUUGGAGAAGACGGAGAGCGCUUAGGCUUGAGCAGGUCCGGUGCGUUCAUGGGGCUUCCGGGUGGCAUCUGGGGAGCACGGUUGUGUAGCUUAGUUGCUGGUUUGGGUUAUUUGCGAGAGUGGCUGUUUCAAUAAUGCCGUGGAUAGUAGCGCGCGCUUGGGUCAAUCUAUAUCUAGUUUAGAACUGAUCUAAUUCUGACAAACUUUGUCCUGCCUA